CAAUUUAUGAUAAUAAGCUCCAUAUUUUACUUUACGUUAGAGACAAUACACAACAACAAAAAUGGCUGUCAGGCAAAUUUUUGUUACGUUGGCAUUAAUGUCAAUUGUUUCUUGUGCAAAAUAUGAAGAAAAAGCAAAGGUACAAAUGUAUGUUAACAAAGUUGGACCAUAUUUCAAUCCUCAUGAAACAUACCAUUACUAUCAGCUUCCAGUGUGCAGGCCAGAAAAGAUUGAGCAUAAAAGUUUAACACUGGGUGAAGUGUUAGACGGUGAUAGGAUGGCUGUGUCCCUGUACGAUAUUAACUUCAAACAGGAUGUUGAGAAGAAGGAAUUGUGUAAAGUAAAGUUUACAGAGGCAGAUUUACAGUUACUGAGAGAUGCAAUAGAAGAUCUCUAUUACUUUGAGUUUGUAAUUGAUGAUGUUCCAGUGAGAGGAUUCAUAGGUCAUCUGGAAGAGGGUGGUUUUCUGCCUCACACCCAUAAAGUCUACCUGUGGGCUCAUUUACAUUUCAAUGUAGAAUAUAAUGGGAACCAGAUCAUCUAUGCCAAUGUCUCGACGAAGGAACAAGCCCCCGUGAGCCUUGAUGAGGUAUCUGCACCACUUGAAGUAGCAUUCACUUACAGUGUGAAAUGGUACCCUACAAGUAUGAAGUAUGAGGAUAGGGCCAAGAGGAUGAGGGACAACAGUUUCUUCCCUAAAACAUUGGAGAUUCAUUGGCUUUCAAUUAUCAACUCUAUGGUUCUUGUGUUCCUGCUAAUUGGCUUUGUUGUCAUUAUUCUGACACGAGUAUUGAAGUCAGAUUUUGCAAGAUAUAAUGUUGAUGAAGAAGAUAUAGAAGAUUUGGAUCAAGAAGAGAAUGGCUGGAAGAUCAUACAUACAGACGUGUUUAGAUACCCACCACACAAAAACCUGUUCUGUGCUAUACUAGGUGUAGGUAUGCAGUUUCUGACGCUAGCUACAGGAAUUAUAAUAAUGGCGAUGCUAGGGAUGUUUAACGUACACAGGCACGGACAAAUCAACUCUGCAGGGGUUAUACUAUAUGCAUUUACCUCAUGCAUCAGUGGUUACAUAGCAACCAACAUGUACAAGAAGAUGGGCGGAGAAAACUGGGUUUGGAACAUAAAUCUGACCUCAGCAUUAUUUGCUUUUCCAUUUUUCCUUGUUUGGGCGAUAGUGAAUACAGUAGCAUGGGGCUAUGGAACAACGCAGGCUCUCCCAUUUGGAACCAUAGUUCUACUCAUGUGUCUAUGGAUGUUUGUCGGAUAUCCACUAACUGUGAUAGGAGGUAUUUUUGGUAAAAACUGGGCAAACGGUUUCGAUGCGCCAUGUAGAACUAAAAAUAUCUCACGCGAGAUCCCGUCAGUACCAUGGUACAGAUCAGGUUUUGCACAUUGCAUGGUAGGAGGAUUUUUACCAUUCAGUGCCAUAUCCGUGGAGUUAUACUAUAUAUUUGCCACACUGUGGGGACGUGAACAAUACACAUUGUACGGUAUUCUGUUUAUUGUGUUUGGAAUACUUCUGAGUGUGACAGCCUGUAUUUCCGUGGCAUUGACCUACUUUCAACUGUCAGCUGAAGAUUACCGCUGGUGGUGGAGAUCUAUCUUCAGUGCUGGUUCCACUGGAUUGUUUGUGUUCCUAUAUGCCCUAUUCUACUAUUACAAACGUUCGAACAUGUCCGGCCUGUUGCAGAGUCUGGAAUUCUUCGGCUACACUGCUCUGACGUGUUACGUAUUCUUUCUAAUGCUUGGAACGGUGUCCUUCUUUGCUUCGUUGACUUUUGUGCGAUAUAUUUACGUUAACUUGAAGAUGGACUGAUAGAAAGGUGUAAGGGUACACAGAUUUUAUAAAGGUUUACAUUUGGACACAGUGAUAAAAUAGAUAGACUUAUAAUCAUCACAGUGAUAUAAUAGAUAGACCUAUAAUCACUGUUGCUAACUGUCCUUAUUUUUGGACGUAUUUUAUAUCUUGUAUAAAAGAGGACCAGUCAUCUGGCUGUUUAUAAAGCUAUUGCUGUAUCUGUGUUAACAAAAGCAUACAAGUUUCUUAGGACAUGUGUUUUCAACUCGUAUCAAGCUUUAUUUACAGUACAGACUUAUUCUGCAUUCAAUUUCUUACUGUCCAUUGUUAGUGUUUAGAGGUAUUGGCAAGUUUUUUAGGGAUAUUGGCAGAACUUCCAUCAGAUAUAGGCAUUGAAAUAGUAAGAUAAAUAUUUGUUGCUUUGUAACAUUAAAGUCAUCCAGAGUUUCACUGGGGCAUGUAAAGGCCCCAUUUUCAGUCUAAAAUAACUUUUUUUUAGUUUAAAUAUUUCUAACUAAGUUUGUUUCUCCAAAACUAUUGAAAGGAAUUGGUUAAAACUUCACAUGAUCUUUUUAGAGCAUAAUAGGAGGUCACUGUCCAAGGACCAUAACUCUAACCUGGAUUUUGAUAGAAUUAUGGCCCUUUUUUUGAACAUGGUAAAUUUUACAUUUUUCCAGGCUCUUGUUUUACUAUUAAGCAGUGAGAACAUUCAAGCUUGCUGUCCUACCAACAGCUGUUGUUUAGAUUCAGGCGGAGUAGUUCUGCUUAAAAUGUAACACUUAUACAAUUGUAGCUAUAUAUGUGUGCCUAUGGGAAAAUUGCAAAUUUUGGUUUUUCAUAUACAUGUAUGUGUGUAUCUGAAUGUGGAGGUAUUUUGUUAUUGGUAUAUUUCAAAUUGAGGUUUAAGAAUUUUAUGUUUGUUGAAUGAGUGAAACAAUAUUAUUGUUAAACAUACCAUUACAUGAGAAAUGAUUUUUGUUGAAAGGCCUAUCGAGGGUUAUGUGAAAUAAAAAUACUAAUUUGAAGGAAGAUACAAUGUACAUUUCGUAGAAUACAUGUUAUAGGGGAAAAAAGUAAUUUCAAGUAAAAAGAAUUUUUUUAACUAUUUGUCAUGCCAGUGAAUGAUAUUGAUAAUAUUUCACUGAUCAAUUUCAGUCUAGUCUUGUUCAGAUAUAAUGAUGAUUUAAGGCCAAAUGGACAUUGAUACACCAAUAGGUUAGUAAAACAUGAUAAGUUCUCUUAUAUAAAAAGGCAAGAUAAAUAUUUUUAAAAAAUGGGUACUUGUCAAUAAAAAAGGGAAGAUAAUUGAAAAAAGUCAGUACUUUUCAGUAAAAAGGUAAGAUAUCUAAAAAGAAUAGGUAUUUGUCAGCCAAAAAAGGGAAGAUAAAAACAAAAAUCGGUACAUGUCAGUAUAAAGGGGAAGGUAAAUUUUUUAAGAAAAAUUGGUAUUUGUAAACAAAAAAAAGAGAAAAUUAAAAAAAAUGGGUACAACGUAAGUACAAUGGGUACUAAGUAAGUACAAUUUGAGGUCUACAUCCUAGAGAGGGGACAGAAGAAAAGAUAGAUAAUAAAAGGGAAGAUAACUUCUAACAGGAUUAAGUAAUGACUGCUAAUGAAAGGAAGAUUGUUAUGUUGAAGAGAAUGUUCAGGGAGUGACAGAACAAUAUAAAGUUAUUGAGGAUGAACAGUGCAUAAGGAUUGACACAACUUGUAAAUUGAUAAGGUCAUAAUGUUAAUUGAAAAUUUUCCUUUGUCCUUGUGACCUAAUUUUUAUUUUUUUCUUUACAUUUUUGUACUUGCAAUGUACUUAGUAAAUCUUUGGGAAUGCUGAUAGUAAUCUUGCUGCAAAAUACUAAAUUUUUAAGUUCAUUUUAUAAAUCCAUGAUAAUUAAAUGUUGUAUUUUUUAAUAAAUACAUUUAUAGUGAAGAAUAUGUAUAUAUAUAUAGAUUAAUUUUGAAAGAGGUUUAGUUUUGAUUUGGUGUUUUGCAUUGUUUUAACUUGAAAUCAUUUGCUUUUUUCUUCGCCAUUAUGGCAUUUUGUUUGUAUAGUAUAGAGACUUUGUGGCAAAUCUUGUUUUGGUUAGGGAAUACAAUUUAUUAACUCCCAGCCUAACAAGGCUUUAUAUCAUUUGGCAGCUCAAGUUUUUGCUCGACCAUUCAAAGAAUAGGGAUAGCUAUUGUAUUUGCCUAGGCAUCAGUGUUGUUGUUGUACCCAUCACACUUUUGUUAAGUUUUGUGCAUGCAAGUUGGUAUCUCCAAAACUUGAGAGGAAUGGGUUAAAACUUCACAUACUUAUUUUUUUGAGCAUAAUAGGAGGUCACUAUCCAAGACCCUUAAAAUCUAAUAUGUAUUUAGACAGAAUUAUAACCCUUAUUGAACAUUAAAAAAAUCUACAUUAUCCAAGCUUGUGUUUUACUAUCAAGCAUUAAGAAUGGUUGAGCAGGCGGUCCUACUCACAGUGUUUGUUGUAUUAAGUAUGGCAAUACCAUUUGCACAAUUUUAUCAGGUUGAUGGUUACACUAGGUAUGAUAUAAAAUAUCAUAAUGUAAUGUGAUAGGUAGGCUGGCUGGGUGAGAUAUAGAGAAAUGUGUAUUAUGUUCAAACAUGUAUAUUACUUAGUAAGAUGUUGUUAUAGCCCUGUUUUGUAAUAUCUGAGUAUCAUAAUUCUUGCCAGAUUUGAUCAGGGGAUGGUACAUGUCUCAAACUUGAUGUUACACAUAAUUACACACACUACUCAUGUACAAACUGAUUCUUAAUAUCUGAAAAUAAUGCUAGGUGUUUUUUAGCAUAAUAUAUAUGAGCCGCGUCAUGACAAAACCAACAUAGUGGGUUUGCGACCAACAUGGAUCCAGACCAGCCUGCGCCUCCGCACAGUCUGAUCAGGAUCCAUGCUGUUCGCUAUCAGUUUCUCUACUUGUUAUAGGGUCUGUAAGCAAACAGCAUGGAUCCUGAUCAGACUUCGCAGAUGUGCAGGCUGGUCUGGAUCUAUGUUGGUCACAAUCUCAUUAUGUUGGUUUUGUCGUGACGCGGCUCAAUUAUAUAUAUAUACUACCUUGACAAUAACCAGUAUGAGAGGAGCGUACAACGAUAUAUAAUAAAUAUAUAAUAUAAAUAUAUAUAUCUUAUAAUCAAUAUGUUAAUAUUGAUAUAUAUUUAAAUUGUACAAUCAUUUAUGCGUUUGAAAUAAAUACAUCCUGGUUUUACACAAACAGACAUGUAUAUACUUUAUUAUUUUAUUUUGUAAAUAAGAGGUCACAAAUGGUUAAAUAGAUUACAAAGUAUUUGUUAAGAAGAAAUUUUCAUCAUUGAAUCAAGGCUUUGAUUGCAUUAUUUAUACAUGAUAGCUUAGAGUAUGCUAAUAAGGAAUAUUUAUUCAUCAUAGAAUUAAUGAAUAUUCAGUGUUUUUGCAAAUCAUGAAUAUUCAAUUUUUUUUUCACAACAUUACCUUAAUUGAUUAGCUAUGGACAAUUUCUUAAUUUAAUAAUCAUUAUAUUAUUCAUGUUGUAGGAUAAUUAUGAAAAUUCAUUAUUUUUGCUUAUCUUUUUGUAUAUUUGUAUGCCCUCGAAAGGAUGGCUUAUAGUUAAUGAAUUGUCUGUUUGUCUCUCAUUUAGGUAAAGUGUCAUGUGCAACCUGCAGUUGUAGGUAAAAGGUCAAGGACAAAUUUAUGCUUGAAAAAAGGUUUUUAAAAAGUACAUUUAUGGUUGAGUCCAAUUAACAAAUCUGUCUUACCUGGAUCAAUUAAAAGAAAACUUGACAUGAUUAGGUUGUACAUGAUGAUGAUAUGUCAAGUCAAGUGCAAUCAUAAUGCCUCCAGCUCCAAGGGUUACACUUGUAUGUCCAAAGUCAUAGUAUGAUUGUGAUUAGAUGAACAAGUCUGGUCCAUGACACUGCCAUUAUUACAUGGAUAUUGUACAUAAAUGUUUGUCACAUUAAGCUGAUUUGUCUUGCAAAACAAAGGCUGGUUAGUCAAGGAUGCACUUACUGAUAACUUGAAAGAUAAACAUUUUAAUAGGCUUAGGAAGGCAUAUGCUUGUUCACAACUAUAGGUCUUGUUUGAGAUUAUGCCUAUAUACCUAAUAAGGUUAUACAAGGUUUAAGAAAUUAAAUGCUGUAUUGUUGUUGUUAUAUUGAAAAGUGAGGAACAUAAUUUAUGCGACAAAGGUUCCUUUCAGAUUUUUAAGGGCUUACAAAGAUUGUUAGAGUUUAUGUGAUUUUUAACAUUCCAUCAGAAUAUUACGAGAGAGGUGACAUUUUUUGUCAUCUAGAAUUUCUUUUAUCCCCUGCCAAUAAGAUAGAAAAGGGGGGCAUUGAAAUGGCAUUGUCUGGCUAUCUGUCUGUCUGUCUGUUUCCAUUUAUGGGUGGAUAUGAGUAUUAGUAAAUCUUCUAUGAUUCAUUCAGUCCCUACACUUGUUUACAUGUCUAAGAGAACAACAGAGUCCUAAUUCAUAUUAAAUUUUAUUAAUAAAAAGAAGAAACUUUAAUCAAGUGAUAAGUAUCAUAUGACAGGGGGUAUCUUUUCAAAACUUUGCUUGUUAGCUUGUAAUUUAUUUUAUGUUAUUCUUUUUUUGUGUGUGAUGCGGGGGAAUGUGUGGCAAGUUUAAAGAAUUAUUCGCUUUACUUAAGAGUUGAAUGAGUUGAGGUUUUUAUUCUAUUGUAAUCAUGACAUCAAUUUUUCAUUAUGUUUUUUAUCUAGGGGAUGUUCAUCGUAUAGUUGAGGUAGAAAAAGAAAAUGGUUAAAAUGGUUAAAUUUUUAUGAAAAUUUUAUGCCUAGAGUAAAUUUGGUUGUAUGCUGGUUGUUGAAUAUGUCAAACAUAGAGAUAAGUUUUAUGUAAAAAUGUGAUAAUCUAUAUGUAUGAUGAUAGUUAUUUGACAUUUUUGUCAUUUUUGUGUCGCCUUGAAAAGGUGACAUAUAGGGAUUACUUUUGUCGGCGGUGUCGGCGGCGGCGGCGUCUGUGUCGGCGUCGUUGUCGUUGUCGGCGUCCGCUAAAGCUUGUCCGGAGCAUAACUCAGUCACUUUAAGUCUGAUUGACUUCAAACUUGGUAUGCAUGCUUCUUUCAAUAACCCGAAGUGCAGUGCACAAGGACCGGUACUCUGCAGUUCUUAUUUUUUGAGUUAUUGCCCUUUGUUAAUUUUCAUACUUUAAUUUUGUCCGGGCCAUUUCUCUUCAACUAAAAAAGCUAUGGACUUGAAACUUCAUAGGAUGAUAGAUCUCAUUAAGAAGAAAUGCAGUGCACAAGAACCAGUGCUCUGCACUUCCUAAUUUUUGAGUUAUUGCCCUUUGUUAAUUUUCAUACUUUAUUUUUGUCAGGGCCAUUUCUCCUAAUGUAUAAAAGCCAUGGACUUGAAACUUCAUUGGAUGAUAGGUCUCAUUAAGAAGAAGUGCAGUGCACAAGAACUGGUACUCUGCAUUUCUUAUUUUUUGAGUUAUUGCCCUUUGUUUAUUUUCAUACUUAAUUUUUGUCCAGGCCAUUUCUCUGAAAGUAUAAAAAUUAUGGACUUGAAACUUCAUAGGAUGAUAGAUCUCAUUAAAAAGAAGUGCAGUGCAUAAGAACUGAUACUCAGCAUUUCUUAUUUUUGAGUUAUUGCCCUUUGUUGCUUUUCUUACUUUAUUUUUGUCCUGGUCAUUUUUCCUAAAGUAUGAAAGCUAUGGACUUGAAACAUCAUAGAAUGAUAGAUCUUAUUGAUAAGAAGUGCAGUGUACAGAAACUGCUGCUCUGCACUUAUUAUUUUUUUAGUUAUUGCCCUUUGUUAUUUUUCAUAUUUCAUUUUUGUCCUGGCCAUUUCCCCUAAACUACAUUGUUCACAAGGCGACACAUCCGACUCGCGGAGUUCUAGUUAAUAUUGUAAAAUCAUUUGUGAAUGACACACAAAAUGUAUACUGGUCCAUUUUCCGGAUCUGCUUGAACACGAAAGUGUAUAGUCUUAGCCACCACUUGGUCAGCUUUGAAUUUGCAACAGUCCUUUGUUAUAUGAAGAGAUUUACCAAUUUACAAGCUGGUUUGUAUUGGUGGUAAAGACAAGUUAGUAUCAACAAUUAUUAAUUAAAAGUUAAUUAUUUAUUAAUUAGUAAUUAAUUGGUUAUUAAUUAGUAAUUAAUUAUAUACUAAUUAAAAAUUAAUUAGAAAUUAAUUAGCUAUUAAUAAAAAAAUAAUAAUAUAACAAUUCAUUUGUACAAAUCAACAUGUGAUAGCUGUAUUAUAGCUUAUUGUGAAGCAAACAAAAUGAAAACUUGUUAUUUGUUAAGAAUACAGGUUUGUUAUAAAUGUUGCAUCCAGGUUGCAUACAAGAUUUUAUUUUGCUCAUGUACAUUAAGAAAUCCAAGUUUGUAAUUACAAAAAAAAAAAAAAAAACAAAUCUUUAUUCUUUUGUCUGUUGGCCUGUUUGUUUCAGAACAUAAAUUUGUAAUUUUAAGAACAAAUUAAGCCCUCAAUUAUAGGAAUGAGAUUGUGACUUUCUUAAUUUGAAUUUGAACUGACCUUGGAAUGAAACGCUGACCGCAAGUGGUACAGUUGUUGCUAAAGCUGAGGGUUAAAUUAACGAUGAGAAUAGUGCUAUAUAGUGUAUUUUCAAUUUGAGAUCCAUAUUGCCUAGAGCCUGAUAACCUGAUUUUUACAGUUUUUAAGAAUAAUAAGAAUUAUAUUUAUAUUUAUUGAAGUUUCAUUAAGAAAAUCUUGCCAGAAAAAAUAUUCUCUAUUAUCUGCAAAUAUAAAAUGUAACAAAUUAAAAAAAUGAGUUUCUUACAAAUUAUCUUAUGAAGUUGUAUGUGAUAUAAAACUUUGCUAUGAAUGAACAUUAAAGUGAGACUGAUUUAUUUAUUUGUUUUAUUGCUUCUAUAAUUAUGUGAUGUAUAUAUUAUUGGUAAAAUCUCAUUCUAUGGAAACAAAUAUACGUUUAAAAGAU